AUGGCGCAGAAUACGCCCAAGACAGUCAUCGCCUUUGACUUAUACGGCACGUUACUGUCAACCGAGUCCAUCGCCAAGGAGCUGGCGACGGUGUACGGCGACGAGAACGCCAAAGACCUGGCGGCGCAGUGGCGGCGGUAUCAGCUGGAGUACACGUGGCGCAUAAACAGCAUGGGUUCGUCGGGCGUGACCGAUGAUUUACUUUGCAACGAAUGCAUCUACCGCCCGUUCUCCGAGCUGACGCGGGCUGCGCUGAAGCACGCCGUCGCCGAGAAGAAGCUCGAACUGUCUGCCGAAGACGAGGGCCGCCUCAUGGAAGCCUACAACGGGCUCCAGGCUUUCCCCGAGAUCGAGGCGGCCUUGGAUAUCGUCGACAAGAACGGGUCUAUCGACGCCUACGUCUUUUCCAACGGCACCGACGACAUGGUGGGCACGUCGAUGAAGACAGCGCCCGGGCUAUCGCGGAUGGGUCAGGUUUUUGGCCCGGGGAAGCUAGUCACGGUGGAAGAGCCGCAGUGCUUCAAGCCCGCUCCACGGACGUAUAGUCACUUUGCGAGGAAAGUCGGCAUGUCUGGACGAGAAGACAAGAUCUGGCUCAUCAGCUCGAAUCCGUUCGAUGCCCUGGGCGCGAGGGCUGCUGGGUGGCGGUCGGCGUGGAUAGAUAGGAGUGGGACGGGGUGGAUCGAUGCUCUGGGCAGUGUGAUCGACACUGAGCCUACAAUUGUUGCCGAGGGCGUCGAUGAGGCUAUCAAGAAGAUCGUGGAACUGUCCAACUCACAGGCCUCUUGA